AUAACCCCGGAUAGACAUUCUGCGUCUCCCGACGGCGGGACCUACUAUCGAGAUUGUACUACUCGAACUGUGGCGGGCGAAAUACAUAUUGACUCUCUUAUUGUCUGUGUGUAAACAUUCUGUGGCUGCGAUUGGAUUUGCACAAUGCCAGACCAACCAGCCAGCUCUUCGAGUGUGGACGUAGAAGAGGGCUCCUUAGACACUCCUAGCCCUCCAGAAAUACCGGAAAAGAAUGGCCGACCAAAACAACUGCAUCGGAUCGAAACAGUGCCAGACAUAAAGCGGGACAUGUCUGGUAUCACCACCCAGUACAUUGCGACCGGUAUAGUGAACUUGGGAGCGUUUGCGGCUGGCGCUUGCAUCGCGUGGUCAUCGGCAGCGCUGCCCCUGUUGACGACAGAACCGUUGGAGGACGAUAACAUCAGCGCAGAAGCGAAUGUCACACACAGAUUCACAUUAACAGAGUCAGAAGCGUCAUGGACGGCGUCGCUUCUAUGUCUGGGGGCGCUGUUUGGCGCGGUGCCAACUGGACUGAUAUCGGAGAGUUUUGGCAGGAAGAAGACAUUGCUGUACCUCGCGUUACCAUUGGUGGUGUCUUGGACUCUUAUUGCAUCGACGCCCAAUGCGUACGGUCUUUACGUCGGUCGGUUUGUUGGGGGCGUCGCUGUUGGUGCUUUCAGUGUCGGCAUCCCGCCUUAUGUGGAAGACAUUGCUGAGAAGCAACUUUUACCUACUCUGGCUAAUUUUUACCACGUCCAUUUGACCUGUGGAAUCCUCUUUGGAUAUAUCGUUGGUAUGAUAUUAAAUCCAUCGUGGCUGUCCUUCCUCUGUGCAAGCGUCCCCGUAGGAUUUUUCGUUGCGUUCAUUUUCCUCCCGGAAUCACCGGUUUAUCUGAUGUCCCAAGGAAAAUAUAACGAAGCCAAAGCUGCUCUGAGAUAUUACAGAGGCAUCGACAAUGAUGUAGAAUCGGAAUUCAAGGCUCUCAAGGAAAAUUUGAGGAACAUUGCGAAAGUCACUUUCAAAGAAUUGUUUAGUACAAAAGCAACAGUUAAAGCCCUGAUUGUGUCUUUUAGUCUAAUGAUAUUCCAACAGAUGAGCGGCAUCUAUCCCGUUCUAUUCUAUGCUAGAAAAAUCUUUAAAACUUUCUCCAUCACUAUGAAUUUGCCGAGCGCUGCAAUUAUUUUAGGAUUUUGCUUGGUGUCCUCCACUUAUUUCUCAACUAUGCUUUUAAAACAAAUCAAAAGACGAAUUUUACUAGUUCUCUCGUUUACUAUGAUGUCAAUCAGUUUAGGAUUACUUGCAACUUACUACCAUUUGAGAGCAUCAAAUAUAUGGGAGAAUAAUCCAUGGGUGCCAUUGUUUUGUCUGUGUUUGUUUGUGAGCGUUUACGCGACUGGUGUAGGACCGAUACCAUGGCUGAUGUUGAGGGAGAUAUUUCCUAAGAAUGUGACAAGGCGGGCCACAGCUAUAACAGCCGGUGUUCACUGGUUCCUCGCCUUUGGAGCGACGAAGCUUUACCAAAAUCUGGUGGACCAAGUCAAACCAGGUUGGACGUUGUGGUACUUUGCAAUAAUCUGUAUGUUUGGAGCUAUAUUUGUUUACAUCUUCGUGCCAGAAACGAAAGGCAAGAGCGUAGAGGAGAUCCACAGAGAACUCGACGGCCAGAAAAGUCAUGUACACAUCAUUGAAUUAAAAAGUGUUUCCACCACUUGAUUGUACGGAUGCAAAUGUGAAAGAUUCGAGUCAAAAUUUUGAGAUCAGUAUUUUAUCUGCAUUCAGCGACUGUGAAACAUUACUUCAAAUUGGACUAGUUUAAAAAACAGAGGCGUACCCAUAGGUAUAAACAAACCUUACAUACACAUUCCCAAAGUGACACUUAUAAAGUGUUUUCGAUUAAAAAUUAAAAGAAAUAAGUAGUUUUCGUGGAACGGAACAAAAGUAAAUUAUCGUAAAUAUCAAGCUUUGUGUCUAGGCGUUUCAUAUUUUAAAAAAAGUUGCAGCGUAUAGAAAAAUAAUUUCGACAUUUUUGUCUAUGAAAAAUGAGUAUUCGAAAAUUAAAUUUAUUUCAAGAAAAAUUAUUGUAUAUGCCAUUUUUUCUCCAACUCUUUGUUUCUAUAUACCAAUGGGUAUACCUAUUUAGUGUUAGAAUUACAGAAAUUUUGAUUCUAAUCGUUGUUAAUCUAGUUGUUGUAAUAUGUUAUUUAGAUUUAAUUAAUUAAGACAUUGAAAAGGCUAAUCAUAUUUAUCAACAUUUUAAUAAAGAAAUUAUUAUACUUUUAAUAUAUUAUGUACUUAGAUAUUUAUUUUUAUACAUAAAAUUGGUCAAGUUUACUAAAAAAAACACUUAAAAAUAAAUAAAAAAUACAAAACAUUGAAAAUUA